CCGAAUCCCUCAGGCAUUCUAACCUCAUAAUUUGAUCGCUCCGCUCAGCUGUCACAACAGUAGAACGUCAUUUAAAUCCGAAAUCGAAUCCUACAAAUAAUAAAACUAAUUCAGUCCUCAUAAACUAAUUUUGGAUAAAUUAAAAAUGUCUCAAGGACGACAGAUCGGUGGCAAUCGUCGAAAUCGUCGCUCCAAGGUAAACAUAGGUGACAAGGGUCGUGAAGUCCUCGAAAACAUCGACGAGGGCAAUUCAGUGAUACAACAAUUUCGUAGAUACUCCAUAGAACUGGACGCCAAGCAUGAUCGAUACGAGAGAAUAGUGAAGAUCAAUAGAGACAUCACAAUCGAGAGUAAAAGGAUAAUUUUUCUCCUUCACACAAUCGACAAGGAUUUGAAACGAGAGGCUGUCCUCAAGGAGGCAAAAGCUCGACUGGAUACUCUGACUACUACAUUGUUCAGAGGGAUAGCACAUGAGCUCAAUGGACAGGACCCCUAUCAGUUCAUAAGGGCUUACCGAGGAGGGCUGCAAGAGUUCAUUGAAGCCUUGACCUUUUACCAUUUUCUAAUGGACCAUUCCCUCCCUCAUUGGAAAAGUGUCGAGCAGACAUUUGUGUAUGAAAAAGACGAUAAGAAUGAAUCGACUGAGGAAAAUCCUGAGGAUGGAGUCCAGACUGUGAGCACUUUACUGCCUCCUUCCGAGUUCAUCCUGGGAAUUGCUGAUCUCACUGGGGAAUUGAUGAGGAAGUGCAUUCAUGAUUUAUCGUGCGGUCAGAUUGGCAGCUGCUAUGAGACAUGUGAUAUAGUCAGGGCGAUGUAUCAGAGAUUUUUAGGGACUUAUGGAAUUGCUGGAAAGGAGGUUAAUAAGAAGAUUUACACGUUGAAGCAGAGUCUAUCCAAAAUUGAAAAUGUUUGCUACCUGAUACAGGUAAGGGGAUCCGAAAUUCCUCAGCACAUGCUGGCAGAAGUCGCUAUUGCCGCUGGUGAAGAGUAUCCUACUGAAGACGAUGAGGGUUACGAGGGAUUCUAGAGAGGAAAAUCAAAAAUGCUCGAUAACAUUUUUCGCAUUCUAUCGAGGUUUAGGAAGACGUUCUGAUUGGGGGAUGGAAACGCUGUUGGAAGUUAUUGAUGUAAUAAGGAGUACGGAUAAUAUGGCACUAGGAUGUCUAGGAAGUGCAGAUGAUUUUAAAAGCGUCUUUUGGCGUACCAUCGAGUCUAUUUAUAUACAGUCCGUGAAAUUUGAGAAACUCCGAGAACGGAGCAGCCAUUAAAAUUAGGUAAAAAGCUACUGCGUACACCUGAGGUACAUCAAUCCUUGAUGAUUUUCGUAUUUUUCCAUACCAGAGGGGUUGAUAAUGCUGGAAACUCCACGUUUUUCUCAUAUUUUUUCCCUCAAUUUUUAUAGGAUUCAAUCUUUUUUUUUCAAAGUAUUCGUUGAAUUCUAUGGGAAAAAUCUAGGAUUUUUUUAAAUAAUUUCAGUUGAAUCGGAAAAAUUAGUUUGUUUUUGUUUCUUCAGUUUUUAUGUAUAUUAUCUAUAUCCUACGAUAUUAUUAUUAUUUGGGAUAUCUGUUAUAUAUUAUUGCAGUACUGAAUAACUCAGAAUUAUCAUUUUACAUUUAAAAAAAAUGAAAUGACUAAUUAUUACUAUAUUUAAGACCUUGAACUGAGUUGAGUUAUCUUGCGAACAUGAUUUUGAUUUUUUUCAAAUUUGAAAAUCUGUCACCAUCUCCUAUUAUGAUUUUGCAAAAAGAUUGAAUGAUGGUAUCAGAUCGUCAAUUAAAAUGAAACAUAAUCCAUUUAUCAUUUCUUUUUUAUCAAACUUAUCUCUUAAUAUUAAUAUAAAAAACUGCCUUCGAAAGUA